AUGAGUACAACGGGUGGCUGCAGGCACCCGAGCCGUACCGCACAGCCCAGAAAUGCCACGCCGCCCACCACGCUCCCACAACAGCCUCCAACGCCGCCGGCUACUGGGGAGAAACCAUCUACGGGGCCGCAUCCCGUUGUCGCGCUCUUACGACAGCGCCACCAAGGGCUGGAGACGACGGAGCUGGGCUCGCGGAAAGCGUUUGCUCUUGCCCCGGGAGAGUACAAGAAGAUCAAAAGCGAGCUCCAGCGAGACCCGCCGCUUUGGGCAUACGUAGAAGACAAGGUACACUACGACUACGACGCGGAAAAACACACAUUAGUAGUCCGCAUGCCUAGUGAAGUCCACGAAACAUUCAUCGCGGCUGUCGACGAUGAGAUCCAUGCUCAAGUGCGCCCUUUCCGAUCGACCGACAUCCAUUUCGCCAGCACGACUUCAAUUGUAAAAUCAAAAUACUGUCCAGACUUAUCAUUCGGGCAUGAAGACGCUAAGUUUCCGGGCGUGGUCAUUGAAGUUGGAUAUUCACAGGAUAAAAAAUCGAUGAGUCGAAAAGCCGAGAACUAUAUUCUCAACUCAAAUGCCAACAUCCGGGUCGUGAUUGGCCUCGAUCUUGCGUACUCUAUUGGGUCGUUGAAAGCAACCUUCUCAAUCUGGCGACCCCGCCUGUCUGACACGGCGGAGGGACGCGAGCUGGUAGUCGUCGAAGAAAUCGCAGACAUGGCUUUUCGGGACGACACGGGUAAUCCCGUCCUAGGCGUUGACCUGCAGUUCAAUGUUAGCGAGUUCACCCACAAUAAGCUUGUACCAACAGAACUGGACGAUCAAGAUGGUCAAAUUAUCAUCUCUGGGAAAAAACUCUACCAAUAUCUUGAGGUCGCCGAGAAUGAAGAGGAGAAGGCAGAGAAGAAAGCAGCACACGGUGAUUCCGAGUACCGCUAA